AUGGCUGCAUCGACAUCAGUUCUUGAUUGUCAGGAUGAAGAAAAAAUGCUUACGAAGCCAUCUGCAAUACGUGAUUACCCGCCUGGGAUUGGUCGGACUACAUCAACAGGCCGUGUCACUCCUAAAGUUACUGCUAGUUCGGGUGAUUAUUUGCAGAAGGCUGGGGCAAGAAGGUUUCCAGCAAGAAAAGUUUCAGCCAUUAGAGACUACCCUGCUUUAUGCGGACCUAAUUUUCUGAGUCGGAGUAAGGGUGUUUGCGAGGACAAGCUCAUGGACGGACAUUUGGGCGGUGGUGCUGAAGAAAUGAAGAGAAAAUUUAAUUGCCUUGCACAAGGUGAUGGGUCUAAAGCUGUGAUGACGCCUAGAAAGUCUCUGAAUCAUUCCGGGAUGAUGCUUGUGAAAAAGACAGAAGGAAAUGCUUCUUCUGGAGGUAUGGAUGGAAAAUGUUCUGAUGUCUAUAAUGUAAAUGUUCCACUUCUGCGUCGUGGUAAUUUGAGCAGUGACCACAGUUACUCCCGAAAUACUGUAAGGGAGAUAAUGCGCUGGUUCCAAGCAGUUUGUAGAAAAUUGUUGCAAGAAGAAGAAGCAAAGUUCAAAGGCCAAGGAAAGAUUCGUAGGAGGAUCGAUUUAGAGGCAGCUAAGAUUCUUAAAAAGGAAGGCAAAUAUGUUAAUGCUGGCAGGCUGAUCUUUGGUUCUGUCCCUGGGGUUGAAAUAGGUGAUGAGUUCGACUACAGAGUGGAGCUUAAUCUCGUCAGUCUUCAUCGCAAUUUACAGGCUGGCAUAGACUAUGGAAUGCACAAUGGUGUGCUCCUUGCUGCUAGUAUUGUUGCAUCUGGGGGGUACGACGAUGAGUUGGAUAAUUCAGGUGUCUUGAUUUAUUCGGGGCAUGGGGGGAAUGUGAUGCACAGCAAGAAAAAGCCUGAAGACCAGAAGCUUGAGCGGGGGAAUCUUGCUUUGAAGAACAGUAGCAAGGAAAAAAAUCCUGUCAGGGUGACCCGUGGUGCUUUCUUUGGAGAUGAAAGUCGUAAGAGAUAUGUGUAUGAUGGGUUGUAUGAAGUUGAGACAUAUUGGCAAGAAAGGGGGCCACAUGGCAAGAUGGUUUUCAAGUUUCAGCUGCAAAGAAUCCCAAACCAACCAGAGCUUCCUUGGAUUGAACUGAAGAAUUCCAAAAAGUUCACAUUAAGGAAGGGUUUAUGUGUCAUUGACAUCUCACAUGGUAAGGAGGGACUGCCAAUUCGUGCUGUAAAUACCAUAGAUGAUGAAAGACCACCACCAUUUGAAUAUAUCACUAGGAUGAUCUAUCCUGAUUGGUUGCAUCCGACGCCUGCUAAGGGAUGUAACUGUACGGACAGAUGCUCUGACCCGACAAGAUGUUCUUGUGCUGUUAAAAAUGGAGGAAUCCCAUUCAAUCACACAGGGUGUAUUGUAGAAGUAAAGCCUCUGGUGUAUGAGUGUGGCCCUUCUUGCAAAUGCCCUCCAGAUUGCUAUAACAGAGUCAGCCAACGUGGAAUAAAAUUCCCGCUUGAAGUUUAUAAAACUGACAAAAGGGGAUGGGGUGUGAGAUCUCUACGCUCCAUUCCUUCUGGCAGUUUUGUAUGCGAAUACAUAGGAGAGUUGCUUGAAGACAAGGAAGCUGAACAAAGAACUGGUCAUGAUGAGUAUCUCUUUGAUAUAGGUAAUAAUUUGAUCAGUAAUGGUAUACUUUCUGAUGGAGUCUUCAUGCCUGAAGUCUCUAGGGAUGGUGGUGGUUUUACCAUUGAUGCAGCUAGGUAUGGUAAUUUGGGCAGAUUUUUCAACCACAGUUGCGCCCCUAACAUGUAUGCACAAAAUGUUCUGUAUGAUCAUGGUGACCGCAAGAUUCCUCACAUAAUGCUGUUUGCUGCUGAGAACAUUUCUCCGUUAAAAGAGCUGACUUAUGAUUACAAUUACUCUAAAGAUCAAAUCUUCGAUUCUGAUGGCAAUAUAAAGAAGAAGGAUUGCUAUUGUGGCUCUUUGGGGUGUACUGGAAGGAUGUAUUGA